UUUCGCCGCGCACGCAGUCUGUUUGUCGGUGACGUGAAGACGGUGCCGCUCUUACUCGCCGCCUGCCGGCCGCCGGAUUCUAUCGUCCGAGAAAGCCAAAGCCCAACAGGUCGGGUUGGUUUACCGAUGUCCAGUAGUUCGCCACGAAUGACGCGGAACGUUGCGCGACCGGUUCGUAGGACUAUCUUUGUUGCCGUUUAUGAAGCCUAAUGUUCACCCCUGCAAUGUCAACUCGCCUUCCUAAUAAUCAUCAUACACUGGCAGAGACAAGGCAGGGCAAAACAAACAUGUUCGUGGUAAGCAUUCUUGCAGUGUUUCUGACAAUUUGCCACUUUUCUAAAAAAGUCCAAACGUUUUUUUAGAAAAGAGGAAAUAUUUGGGGACUCAAUGGAAUUUUGCCUUAAUAACACCUGAGUGUUGUUCUUUUUCUCUGGUCCUCAUUUCUACAGGAAAACGCCGCAUUUGCUUUGGCACAACAGGGAACAAAAAAGCAUGGCAAUGAUUCUUAAGACCUUGAUUUGUGUACUUGUGUUCUUUGGAACCAUGGCUGAGGGACUUGAGCGACAUGGUGCCAGUGGUCGAGUGCUUCUCCAGGUAACCGAUGACCCCCAAGAUCCCAACGGGUCGACCGAUGUCACCCCGACGCCCAAUGGUCAAAACACUGACUCCCAGGAUCCGGACGGGUCGACCGAUGUCACCCCGACCCCCGACGGUCAAAACACUGACUCCCAGGAUCCGGACGGGUCGACCGAUGUCACCCCGACCCCCGACGGUCAAAACACUGACUCCCAGGAUCCCGACGGGUCGACCGAUGUCACCCCGACGCCCGACGGUCAAGACGGUACACCCGAUGAAGGCCCAACCUCUGGCGGCGUAACCAGCGACGACACAGCCACUACCCCAGAUGAAGUCCCAGCUAAUGAAACGGUUCGAGAAGUUGCAAUCCGAAGAUCAGCAGAGACGGCCGUGGCGGCGUCCUCCACUGCGGCAUCGACGGCAGCAUUAUUGGCCAGCUCGGCCGCGGCGGCAACGGCCGCAGUUUCAGGGGGGUCCUCAGAAGCAGAAGCGGCUGCGGAGGAAGCUUCAUCGGCUGCCGAGGACGCAGCCGAUGCUGCCGAGGAAGCAGCCGAUGCUGCGCUGGAGUUUUCACAAGGCACAAUCGAUGCAACUGCAGCGGCGGCGGCGGCAGACAAUGCCGCGGCCGCUUCCGAAAUUGCCGCCAUGAGAGCAGAAGAAGCUGCGAACGACACGAGCGGGGAACUGGCCCCACUCGCGGCACAACUCUCGGCGGCGGCCCAAAACGCGGCAACGAUAGCGAGAUCGGCCGCGACGACGUCUGCCCUAGCGGCAAAUGUUACGGGUUCUGGAAUCACGCCGGAAAAUGCGGCAUCGAUCAUCCAAGACGCGAGAAAUGCCAACCGAGAGGCCGAGAUGGCAGCGCAAGAGCUACAAGAGUUGCUCAAUUCAGCAGACCUCCCGCCAGAUGUCGAGGCCAGCGUAAGACAGGCCAUCGAGGCGGCCAGCAGCUCGGCUGCCUUGGCAGAACAAACGGCAGCGCAGGCUCAAGCUGCGCUAGACACAGCGGAGCGAGCCGUGGCGCCAACCGGAGGAGAUGCGGAAGCCGAGUUGGCUGGCGAAUUAGCCGUCCUACAGAUCCAGAGUGCCGCACAAAGCGCGGGGGCGGCGGCGGAGGCCGCCGGAGUGUCAACUGAGGCUAUCCAAGCCUCAAGGGAAGCCUCCCUGGCGGCGGCGGCGGCGAGCCUCGCCGCUUCGGCGGCGACCGUUACCGCAACAGGUACGGGAGCGGAUCUCGACGAUCUCAUCGACGCCGCCUUGGACAGCGCAGACGCGGCAAACGUUGCGGCGUUGUCGGUGGCAAACGGAGAUGCGGACCCAGAGGAGGCUCGAGAGGCCGCGGCGAGAGCGGCCGAGGCGGCGGAAGCGGUGGCCGCGGCGGCGGACGCGGCGGCGGAAGCGGCGUCGCCGUCAGGAGGCAUUGACGAGGAAGCGGCACAGGUGUCGCUCGACGCGGCGGCGGUGGCCACGCAAGCGGUCAUGGGAGAUCCAGGAGAGUUUUCCGACACUGCAGGCGAACUUGUGACAGUGUCGAGGGAAGCCAGAGAGCUAUUUUCGCGUCCGCCGUCAUCCACGCUUACCCCGGAAGAGUUUGCAGCCAUUGAGGGUGCAGGAGAGGUCGCGUUGCUGACAGAGGUUGCCGGAAUCGCCGCCGAAUCGGCAGACACUUUAUCAGGCACACAGAGUUUAGCGACUGUUGCAAAUGCGACAACCCAAUCGGCGAGGGAACUGGUGCAAAACCGUCCCGAAAGAACGGCACUCAGCUUGGCGCAGGAGUCAAUAGGGGUGGGCUUGACCGCCUCAGCCGCUGCCAUCACCGCGACGUGCUCGGCGGCGGCGGCCGGCUCGGGAGCAGAAUCGGCGGCCAGAGACGCGUUAACCGUCGCAGAGGACGCGGCGAGCGCCGCCCUCUCACUGACCAACGGAGGAGUUACCCUGACCUCGGCGGUGAACGCCGGACUCGCGGCCAGUAGCGCGGCCGGCGACGCAGCCGACGCGGCCGCGGCGGCAUCUAACAAUGGAUCGGCCUUGGAAGUAGAAUUGGCAAACGUGGCCGCGGAGGCGGCCGGAAUAGCUUCCAGGGCGGCGACGGCUGCGCAAAACGUGGCCUCCGCCGGAGCGACGACAGAAACCAUCAUGGAGGCCCGCCAAGCGGCCAGGGAUGUCGACGUCGACUGGAGAGCGUUGAUAAGCAGGUUGCAAGGCACGUUGGACGAAACUUCGCAGGAUAACUUUGAUGAGGUUUUAACUCUACUGGCCGUCCAGAACGUGGCGUCCAUAACGCUGGCGGCCACCGAAACCACCAGACAAGCGGCAGACCUGGCUGUGAUCACCACCAUGGCGGGACAACCUCUCGACACGGAGACGGCCAACAUGCGGGCUCUGGCCUAUGUGGCGGCCUCGGCCGGCGGUUUCGCAACGAGGGCGGCGAACGCAUCCUUGACCAUAUCGACGCAAGCGCAAGCGAGCGGCGCCGGCGUCCCGAUGUUCUCCUUCGCCGGCACAAUUGCCGCCGCCGUGCUCGCGCUGGUCUUGUGAUGCGCCUUUUAAAUAUUGUAAAUUUGUACAUUUCCGCAAGAAAUAAUGUCUUUUCAUCUUUGUCCGACACUUGAUGCUUCAUACGAUUGGUUCGGUUGCGCCGGCAAAAGAUGAACGUGCUUUUGAAAGUCAGUUCUAACAAAAGCGACAACGCUGGCACGAGUUGUUCUUCGACUUCUUUUGGGCCGCACUACAAACGGCGUUUUGGAAUUGGGCGCGACGCGAAAAUCAGAAUUCAUGAGCGCUAAAGGAGUGACGAGUUGGCCUCUCCUCCCACAUGAUCGUGAAGCCAAGCGGCGCGUCUGCUGCAAGAAAUGAUUGUGCGAGGCUUCCGAUGUUUCACAUGACAUGUACAAUAGACGAAACGGAAUGACAGCGUCAUGGCAGAAUAGCCGCUCUGGUUCACACGCCGACGUUUUUCGGGGGGGGGGGAUGGCCACACCCGUUGACCCUUUCUUGGCUCGACACCAUUAAAAACACACAAGAAAA